AUGGAGCGAAAUAUUGAUAUCUAUGCCAGCAAGCUGGCCGAUGAGAAGCUUGAUAUAAAGCUCCGGUCUAAUGUCGCACUUGAAUUACGAGAUAAUAUUGAGCCGCUAUGCUCUGGUGCGAGCUAUCCUAUCUUCCUGUCAAAGCUGUGGCCGGUAUUCAAGACCAUCCUGAAAGGCGAACCUGUUUUCGCGAACAGCUCGUUUGAGCAGAAACUGCGCAACUGUGUUCUCGAGACACUUCACCGACUACCCAUGGCAUCUCCGGACGUGGAACCGUACGCUGCGGAUAUGGUUGAUAUGUUGCUGGACCUGGUUCGGAUUGAAAAUGAAGAAAAUGCUGUUCUCUGUAUGAAAACUAUCAUGGACCUGGAGCGAAACCAGGCCAAAGCAACGGCGGCCCGUGUACAACCAUUCCUUGAACUCAUUCAGGAGAUGUUCCAGACAAUGGAACAGGUCGUUCGGGAUACAUUCGAUACCCCCAGCCAGGCGACUCCUUCAGGAAUGCCCUCGACGCCAAGUGCAACCGCUCAGAACUUUCAGUCUCCCAGGCCUAGCUCACCUGCCACAUCUGUUUCUGAUCUCGGUCCGGAUCAGCAAGGAAGCAACGUUCUGCUCAAAGGCAUGCAAUCCUUCAAGGUCUUAGCAGAGUGCCCUAUUAUUGUUGUCUCUAUCUUCCAGACCCAUCGCAAUUCAGUCUCGGCGAAUGUCAAGCUUUUUGUGCCCCUAAUUAAGAGCAUACUGCUGCUCCAGGCCAAGCCUCAGGAGAAAGCGCACGCAGAGGCUGCUGCACAAGGUAUGAUAUUUACUGGGGUGUGCAAGGAAAUCAAAAACCGGGCUGCCUUUGGCGAGUUUAUCACAGCACAAGUGAAGACAAUGAGUUUCCUCGCAUACCUACUAAGAAUGUACGCACAUCAACUUCAAGACUUUCUCCCCACACUCCCGUCAGUCGUUGUCCGCCUCCUCCAAGAUUGCCCAAGGGAGAAAUCUAGUGCAAGAAAAGAACUUCUUGUUGCAAUCCGCCACAUCAUCAACUUCAAUUACCGAAAGAUUUUCCUUGAGAAAAUUGACGAACUUCUCGAUGAACGGACCUUGAUCGGUGAUGGCCUUACUGUGUAUGAAACGAUGAGGCCUCUCGCCUACAGCAUGCUUGCGGAUCUCAUCCACCAUGUACGAGACCAUCUAUCUCGCGAUCAGAUCAGACGGACUGUUGAGGUGUACACCAAAAACCUCCACGAUGAUUUUCCAGGAACAAGCUUUCAAACAAUGAGUGCUAAGUUGCUGCUUAACAUGGCCGAAAGGAUAUGCAGACUGGAUGAUAAAUGUGAAGCCCGUUACUUCUUGAUCAUGAUACUUGAUGCGAUUGGCGAUAAGUUUGCAUCGAUGAACCACCAGUUCGACAAUGCUGUGAAGAUUUCGAAAGCAUACAAAGCAAAUAAGAAGGACAUUGAACCUUCAUCGGAGAAAUACCUUGCGGACAAAGAUAGUCCUCCGGACUGGGAUGAGAUCGAUAUCUUUUCGGCAUCACCUAUAAAGACUUCCAACCCCCGUGAUCGUGGCGGAGAUCCAGUGUCGGAUAAUAUUUUCCUUUUCAAGAACCUGAUUAACGGCCUCAAAACGAUUUUUCACCAGCUGAAAAAUUGCAACCCCGAGCACAUUCAAAUAGAUUCGAAUAGUGUUCCUAUAAACUGGUCCGAAGUUUCUUAUGGGUACAAUGCCGAAGAAGUGCGGGUGAUCAAGAAGCUUUUCCAUGAAGGUGCUCGGGUGUUCAAGUACUAUGGCGUCGACCAGUCACCGCCAGAUGUGAGCUAUUCGUCCCCGUUCGAGUUCCUUGCCAGCCAGUAUACGGCACCCAUGUCUCGAGAGGAAAAGGAGCUCCUAGAAAGUUUUGGAACUGUGUUCCACUGCAUCGACACUGCAACUUUCCACGAGGUUUUUCAUUUGGAGAUACCAUAUCUGCAUGAGCUUAUGUUUGAACACGGCGCUCUACUUCAUCUGCCUCAAUUCUUCCUUGCUAGCGAGGCCACCUCUCCCGCCUUUUCUGGAAUGGUGUUGCAGUACCUCAUGGACCGGAUCCACGAAGUAGGAACGUCUGAUAUGACAAGGGCAAAGAUUUUACUUCGAAUGUUUAAGCUCUCUUUCAUGGCUGUGACGCUCUUCUCUGUCCAGAAUGAACAGGUUUUGCAUCCCCAUGUGACCAAGAUUGUCACCAAGUGUAUUGAGCUUUCGGUGACCGCAGAAGCACCUAUGAAUUAUUUCCUUCUUUUGCGCUCACUCUUUCGCAGCAUUGGCGGAGGACGUUUUGAGCUAUUAUACAAGGAGAUCCUACCUCUGCUUGAAAUGCUCCUCGAGACGUUCAAUAAUCUGCUCCUUGCAGCACGGAAGCCGCAAGAGCGUGACCUGUACGUCGAACUUACAUUGACGGUUCCUGCCCGCCUCAGCCAUCUUUUGCCACACCUCAGUUAUCUUAUGCGUCCUAUCGUUGUAGCGCUGCGCGCGGACUCAGACCUGGUAGGGCAGGGUCUUCGAACUCUUGAGCUCUGUGUGGACAACCUCACUGCCGACUAUUUGGAUCCCAUAAUGGCUCCUAUUAUGGAUGAGCUGAUGACAGCCCUUUGGGACCAUCUCCGCCCCCACCCGUACAAUCACUUCCAUGCGCAUACAACCAUGAGGAUAUUGGGCAAGCUGGGUGGCCGCAACAGGAAGUUCCUAAACCAUCCACCUGAUCUCUCUUUUGAACAGUUUACCGAUGAUGCGCCAAGCUUUGAUGUCAAGCUCAUUGGACCCAGUGAGAAGCGCCCUUUCCCUAUCGGAAUUGGUGUUGACCUGGCGAUUGGGAAGUUGUUGGAGAGCCCUAAAACCCCUGCAGCAAAGGCUUCUGAUGCGUACUACAAACAGCAGGCAUUCCGUAUGAUUUCUUCACAGCUCAAACUUUAUAUUGGACAUGACAGCCUCCCAGAGGAUCUAGCAUCACUUAUUCGUCUCCACGCCAACGAUCUCUUCGACAACAAAACCACAGCUAUGGGUGAUAUAUUGGAGAAGUCUGACCGAGCUAGCUCUAUUCCAAAGAAAUUGUCACAGGAAGUCUCGCUGAAAAAGCUCCUGAAGGCUUGUAUCUUUGCUACCACAGUUCCGGAAUUGCAACAAACGGCGACUUCAUUUGUAGCCGAAACUUGUAAACAUUUCGCCAUCGUUGAAGUUGGACGGGCACUUGCUCAGGUUAGACAUAGCAGAAAGCCUUUUGACGUCUCGAGUGGAGAAGGCCCUGUGUACCUUGAUUCACGCGUUCUUGCUGAAGCUUUGGUCGAAUGCUUGUCCUCAGACAACGCCGAUAUACGCCAUGGUGCCCAGGCAGCAAUGCAAGUUAUGAAGGAUGCAGCCAGCAUUAUAUUUGGAACACAUGAGCGAGUGUCGAAGCUACCGUUCUUCCAACACCUGGGCCGUGUUUUUUGUCAUAGCUGUCAUAGCGAAGAGUGGUUUACUAAGGCGGGUGGUAGCCUUGGUAUCCACCAAUUUGCGACUGAGUUGGAUCUGGGUGAUUCGUGGCUGUUUGAUAAACAGGCUGAAUUUGUCCGAGCAUUAAUGUACGUGAUCAAGGAUACUCCGCCCGACCUUCCAGCCAGUACACGCAUAAGAGCGCAGGAGACUUUGGAUUUGAUUCUACGGAAAUGUUGCAAAAAUGUUUCCAAAGAUGACAUGAAAAAUGAGAAGAGCCGUCUCUAUUCAUUGUGCGGAUUUUUUGUCUACGAACUUUCUCAUAUGAACAAAUAUGUCCGUGAGGCUUCUCGUCGGAGUUUCUCGACCAUUGCUGAGGUUCUUGGUUGUGAAGUCUAUGAGCUUAUCUUCCCUGUCAAAGACCGCCUGCUUCAAUCAAUUUUUAAUAAGCCUUUGCGAGCUUUGCCCUUCUCCACGCAAAUCGGGUUCAUUGAUGCUAUUACUUUCUGCUUAAGUUUGCACAAUAACAUUGUGACAUUCAAUGAUCCACUGAACCGACUUAUGCUCGAAUCUCUCGCUCUUGCCGACGCUGAUGACGAAUCGUUAGCAUCUAAGCCAAAUGAAUUCAAGAAUGCCGAAAUGAUUGUCAACCUGCGUGUGGCCUGCCUCCGCCUUUUGUCAAUGGCAAUGAGCUUCCCAGAGUUUGCCAACACUCCCCAGAAUACAAGUCGUGCUCCAAACGCGGGUCUGAAGGAUGUUCUUACGCAGACUAAUAAGUUGCCCAAGGAUCUUCUACAGAAUGGUCUUCGUCCUAUUCUCAUGAACCUGCAGGAUCCUAAGCGUUUGAGUGUCGCGGGUCUCGAUGGACUUGCACGAUUGUUAACCCUGCUUACGAAUUACUUCAAAGUCGAGAUUGGUGCUCGCCUUCUGGAUCAUAUGAAGGUCAUUGCAGAUGACGCUCUGUUGCAGAAAGUUUCCUUUAGUCUCGUUGAACAAAACCCGCAUAUGAAGAUUGUGGCAGCAAUCUUCAACAUUUUUCACCUGCUUCCGUCGGCUGCAACUUCGUUCAUGGAGCACCUUGUGAAUAAAGCUCUGGAUCUAGAAGAAAAACUUCGCAGAACGUCCAACAGCCCCUUCAGAAAGCCUAUUGUUAAAUAUUUGAAUCGUUACCCGAAAGAGAGUUUGUCUUUUUUUCAAGCUCGCUUCAAGGAUGAACGAUUUGGACGCUUCUUUGGGCAGGUUCUUGCAGAUCCGGAAAGUGAGUCUUUGCGCGCAGCGGUUGUUGCCGAUACCGAAAGUUUUAUAGCUGCUGCAUUUGGGCAGGAUGCAACGGACGGCAAGAAUACAUCUGCAAUAAAUGGAAUUUACGUUGCACAUUCUGUCUGUUCACAUGAGUCUACGAAGCGUUGGUUAGUGUCACAUGCGGAUUUACGAAUGAAGCUUCUACAGUCUGGCCGUGAUCUGAACAGAAAGCUUCGCUUUGAUAAGCUCCCCGCCAAUGAGCGGUUGAGGGUUGAGCAGGCAGAAGAGCAGUUGAUCGACGUAUUUACCAUCUAUCUUUCUGAAUCAGUGCAAGACCUGGACUUCCUUUUUGAGGUUAUGGAUGGUUUAUCUGCAGAUGAGCUGAAGCGCACACUGGCAUUCCCCAAAUUCAUUUAUCGCCACAUUAUCACAAAUGAAUCCAUCGACUAUCGGCGUUCAGUCAUCAUGCGAUGCCUUGACCUAUAUGGCCAGCGGUCGUGUUCACAGAAAAUGAAAACAUAUGCCUUCCAUCAUCUAGUUAACCCCAUCUUUGCAAUGGACGUCCAAACAACGUGGAACAACUCUCCUAAUAGUCCGAAGCUGAUGGAUAAAAGCAUGACCGAAUUUAUUCAGAGUCGCCUGUGGAAACCUCAAUUAGCAGACUUAAGCGAAGAAUCCAACCAAGCCGGUGUUGACCAUUCGCGGAUGGAGCUUCUCCAGCUGUCCGCUCUACUGAUUAAAUACCAUCAUCAAACGGUCCAGGAUUCCCGAAAAGAUAUUAUCAAGUUUGCUUGGAAUUAUAUCCGACUUGAGGACAUCAUCAAUAAAUACGGCGCUUACGUUCUCAUCAGCUAUUUCAUUGCGCACUACGAGACACCAUUUAAGAUUGUCGUCCAAGUUUACGUUGCUCUCUUGAGGGCACACCAAAAUGAGGGCAAAGCUCUUGUUACGCAAGCUCUCGAUGUCCUGGCUCCUGUAUUACCAACCAGGAUUUUAGCAGCAAGCAGCAGCGCGCAGACACCAGACACUCGGUACCCAUUGUGGGCCAAGUGGCCUCGGCGCAUUUUGGCCGAAGAAACUGCUAACCUGCAGCAGGUUAUGAGUAUUUUCCAUUUCCUUGUUCGACAACCGGAUCUGUUUUAUGAGUCGAGGGAGCAUUUUGUACCGCUUAUUGUGCCCUCCUUGAUCAAGAUUGCGUCGCCUCCCAACUCGUCGAAUGAAAGUAAGAAGCUUGCCUUGAAUCUGAUAAACCUCAUCUGGCACUGGGAGCAAAAACGUGUCGAUAGCCAGACUGCUUUACCAAAUGGUAUCCUUGACUCGCCAAACACGAAGAAGCGGAAGAUUGAUGAGGCCCAAGUUACUUCAUCUCCCUCACCAGCACUUGCGCCUCCUCAUGCUCGAGAGCGUUCCGAGUACACGGUUCCCGCGGAUCUUAGGGCAAAUCUAAUCAAGUAUCUCAUCUCAUUCAUAACUAUUAUUCCUGAGAGAUUCUCUGUGCCAGCUGCUCGGAUCCGUGACCUUCAGUCGAACAAGACACAAGCGCCUGUUCUUACUGGGGAACUGAUAAAAAAGGCGGUGCAUUUGCUGAGAAACCUGUUAUCUCCGGUGUACUGGGGUGACCUAGAUAUCGAGCUUUACCAAAAGGCCACAGAGCCCAUCCUUGCUGGUGAAAAGGCAGAGAAACCAGAUGAAAAGCACAUCACGAGUAUGGUGAACGCUUUACAAGUUGUGCGAGUUCUUCUCGCAGCAAAACCCGAUGACUGGAUUACGGCUCGCUUGCCAUUGAUCCAGAAGCUCCUCGAGAAACCAUUGCGUUGCGACAAUCCGGAGAUCCAGGAUUGUCUUCAUGGCCUGGAAAAUGACAUGGAAAUCUCCCCUAAGCUGCCACCUCCAGUAAGGCGUGUUCUUAAUGCUCUCCCUGACGACCAGCCGGAAGAAGAAGAUGCAAUGGAUGUUGAAAAUUCACCCUCGGAGUUUGUGACGUACCUGUCAGCUAUUGCGACAGAGACGCUUUCGGCCAAUAAUUACAUUUCCAGCUUGAACGCUCUCUGGACGCUUUCCAGGAACAAGCCGGCGGAAAUGGAUGCCCAUAUUCCGCAAGUGAUGAAGGCAUUCUCCCAAAAGUUGGCAAAAGAGCAUGUUGCAGCCUGUACACACAAUCAGGGACAAUAUACCAACGGCACGAAACUCCCAGAAGGGGUUCCAGACCAGCAAGAGUACGAAAUUGGGGUUGACUUGAUUUUCAAGACUAUUGAGUUGAUUUCUGUGCGCAUGUCUCACCUUGGAGAGCAGAGGCGACCAUUCUUAAGCGUCUUAGCGCAGCUGGUUGAGCGAUCGCAGAACAUCAAACUUUGUAGUAAAGUAUUGGGUAUGGUGGAGACAUGGAUAUUCCACUCAACUGAAUCCUGGCCGACGCUGAAGGAGAAAACCGCUGUUCUGCACAAGAUGCUACUGUUUGAGUCAAGAGCCGAUCAGACAAUGCUCAAGAAGUUCCUGGACCUCGUCAUUAGGAUUUAUGAGGAUUCCAAGAUUACACGCACUGAGUUGACGGUCCGACUAGAGCACGCUUUUUUGAUUGGGACUAGGACCCAGGACGUUGAAAUGCGCAAUCGCUUCAUGAGCAUCUUUGAUCGAAGUCUGACACGCCUAGCCAGCUCCCGACUCAGUUAUGUCCUUACCUGCCAAAACUGGGAUACUCUUUCGGAUUCUUUCUGGUUAGCGCAGGCAUCUCACCUAGUCCUAGGGUGUAUUGAUAUGAAUUCCUCGGCGAAACUUCACCCGGAUGAUUUCACUCUCUAUCCGGUGUCCUUCCUAUAUAGCAAUGCUGACAAGGAUCCGAGGAAGGCUGAUGUCAUGGUUGAUAUUCAGUUGGAAGCAUUUGUAUCGGACCGUAAGCGCUUCGUGUCCGAAAUCAGUGAUGUCAAAGCCCGUGACUUGGUGGAGCCACUUUGCCAACUCCAACAUACGGACCCAAGCGUUGCAUACACCCUCUGGACCAACUUGUUCACUAUCUUCUGGUCUACCCUGUCCAGGGAGGACCGUAUUGACUUGGAGAAGGGAAUGGUCGCUUUGCUUACUCGAGAAUACCAUAGGGGCCAACUGGACAAGAGGCCCAAUGUUGUACAAGCGUUACUCGAGGGUGUUGUACGGGCUAAGCCACGUUUCAAGAUUCCUCCCCAUGUGACAAAAUACCUGAGCCGUACUUAUGAUGCUUGGUACACUGCUGCGACGUAUCUUGAAGAGUCAGCCGUCAAUCCUAUUAUUGAUACUCCGACUGUCCGCGAGAGCAAUCUUGAUGCUUUGAUUGAGGUAUACGCAGGCUUGCAGGAAGAUGAUUUCUUCUACGGUACCUGGCGUCGUCGCUGUAAGUUUGUGGAGACGAACGCUGCUAUUUCAUAUGAACAGCAAGGAAUGUGGGACAAGUCGCAGCAACUGUACGAGAAUGCGCAGAUCAAAGCUCGCUCCGGGGCAAUGCCGUUCUCUCAGGGCGAAUACUAUUUGUGGGAGGACCAUUGGUUGAUAUGUGCUCAAAAACUGCAACAAUGGGAAAUCCUCAGUGACUUUGCCAAGCACGAGAACUUGAAUGACCUUCUUUUGGAGGCGGCUUGGAGAAACAUUGAAAACUGGCAAGGUGACGGCAACAGAGAACAGCUAGAGUCUCUCAUUAAAUCCGUCUCCGACGCUCCCACUCCAAGGCGUACCUUCUUCCAGGCGUUUAUGGCACUCCUCCAAUUUCAUAUCAAGAAAGACAAUCUUCAGGAUUUCAAUGGCGUCUGUGACGAGUCAAUUCAGCUAUCAAUUCGAAAAUGGCUCCAGUUGCCAAAGAGGAUAACAAAUGCCCAUAUCCCGAUACUGCAGCACUUCCAACUCUUGGUUGAACUUCACGAUGCAAGCCACAUCUGUGGAAGUCUAGCACAGACCAAUGACCGAAACUUGGACACAAAGUCUGCAGAGUUGAAAUUGCUACUUGGGACUUGGCGAGAUCGUCUCCCAAAUCUUUGGGACGAUAUUAAUGCUUGGCAAGACCUUGUUACCUGGCGCCAACACAUAUUCCAGCUCAUCAAUGCGACAUACCUUGGGCUGCUACCUCCACAGACCAACAACGUGGCCAGCAACUCUUAUGCCUAUCGCGGAUACCACGAGACGGCAUGGAUCAUCAACCGCUUCGCUCAUGUGGCUCGUAAGCAUCAGAUGCCUGAGGUGUGCAUCAAUCAACUUAGCCGCAUCUAUACGCUGCCGAAUAUUGAGAUCCAAGAAGCGUUCUUGAAGUUGCGAGAACAGGCUAAGUGCCAUUAUCAAAAUCCUAAGGAACUCAACAACGGCCUGGACGUGAUCAACAACACUAAUCUGAACUACUUUGGUGCACAGCAGAAGGCGGAGUUUUAUACCCUCAAGGGCAUGUUCCUUGCCAAACUGAACCAUGUCAACGAGGCAAAUGAAGCUUUUGGCGUCGCUCUCUAUUAUGACCUACGACUCGCGAAGGCUUGGUCUGAAUGGGGCCAAUACAGUGACCAGCGAUUCAAAUCUGACCCGUCAGAUUAUGAAUUGGCAAGCAAUGCCGUCAGUUGCUAUUUGGAAGCUGCUGGUCUCUACAAGAAUGCCAAGUCCAGGAAAUUGCUUAGCCGCAUCCUCUGGUUACUAAGCUUGGAUAAUGAAGAAGGGCGAGUGGCGGGCGCUUUUGAGACUUUCAAAGGUGAAACUCCGGUUUGGUACUGGAUCACCUUUAUCCCACAACUGCUUACGAGCUUGUCACACCGUGAAGCUCGCCUUUGUAAAGCUGUGCUGGUGAAAAUUGCAAAAUUGUACCCCCAAGCUCUUUUCUUCUUGCUUCGUACGAACAGGGAAGACAUGCUCAACAUCAAAAAGCAGCAUGACCAGAAGCAAGAAAAGCUGAACCGUGCAAGGCAGCAGCAACAACAGCAUGCUUCGCCGCAGCCUAAAACUUCACCUGCAGCCACUGACAGCUCGCCAGCACAAAAUGCCCAACCUGCAAAUGCCAAUGCUUCCUCUCCUGCACAGGGUCAAACCAUUCAGCCAAGCAGCCUACAGCAGGGGCCGAAUCAAACCCAGUCCCAUUCCCAGGGGAUGUCGCAAGGCCAAAGCCCACAGAUCAACAGCAGUGCGCAGGCUCAGCAAUCUCCUGCGCAAGGUCAAAUGCAACAAUCCCAGGGGCAAGCUUCUGCACCAAGCCAAGGCCAAACCCAGAUGCAGCAAUCCCAAGGUCAACAGCAGAAUCAUCUUCAAGUCCCGGCUCAAAAUGGAACCCCACAGCAGAACCAAAAUGCUGGUACAGAGCCAGAGAAGGAGGCGCUCAAGAAACCAUGGGAGUACUCAGAUGAGAUCAUGUCCGGUCUUAAAACGGCCUUCCCAUUACUUGCCUUGUCCAUGGAGACCAUGGUUGACCAGAUUCAUAAGAACUUCAAGUGUCCUCCCGACGAAGAUGCAUAUCGUCUGAUUGUUGCCCUUUUGAAUGAUGGGCUGGCGUAUGUGGGUCGUAUGCCUGGAUCAUAUGCGCAGGACUUCAAAUUGCCAGCUGCCACUGAAGCAAACAUUACACGCUUCGCUGAGACCAUCCUCCCUGCCCAUAUCCGCAAAUCCUUCGAAGCCGACUUCGUUGUGAAGAAGCCGACUAUGUACGAAUACAUACAGAAAUUGCGGCGCUGGCGAGACAAGUUCGAAGAGAAACUCGAUCGUCGACCUCAAUGCCAGUUCUUGGAGAGUUACUCGCCGCACCUCAGUGAAUUUAGAUUCCUCAAAUUUGACGAGGUUGAGGUGCCAGGUCAGUAUCUUCUGCACAAAGACAAGAAUCAAGACUUUGUUCGUAUUGAUAGGUUCUUGCCUGACAUUGAUCUGGUUCGGGGCAUUGGUGUGUGCCACCGUCGCCUGAAGAUUCGUGGUCAUGAUGGUAGCGUUCACCCGUUUGCUGUCCAGCAUCCAGCAGCCCGUCACUGCCGACGCGAGGAACGAAUCUUGCAACUGUUCCGUAUAUUCAAUGGGUUGUUAGGCAAACGCAAGGAAAGUCGACGGCGCAACCUAUAUUUCCAUCUUCCGCUCAUGAUUCCACUGGCUCCCCAUAUUCGCUUGGUCCGUGAUGACCCUUCCUAUAUCUCCAUGCAAGGCAUUUAUGAGGAUUUCUGUCGCCGGGUAGGGAUCAACAAGGACGAUCCUGUUCUGUUUACAAUGGAGAAGAUGAGAUCAUUAGCAGAGACCAAGCAGAACCGUACGCCAGACCAGCAGCAGCUACUCCGCUCCGAGAUCCUCACAGCCAUCCAGGAAAGAUGGGUCCCUAAUACGGUGGUGCUGGACUACUUCCAGAACACUUACCCCAAUUUUGCGGACUUUUGGCUGUUCCGCCGGCAGUUUGCUUAUCAAUAUGCUGCCAUUGCGUUCAUGACAUACGUGAUGCACAUGGGUAACCGAUACCCUAACAAGAUCAUGAUAUCCAGGAUGACGGGCGACAUCUGGGGUUCGGAGCUGAUUCCAACAAUCAACCCUGCGAAGGCAUUCUUUUACAAUCCCGAGCAAGUACCUUUCCGUUUCACUCCAAACAUUCAGACGUUACUGGGACCUAUUGCCACGGAAGGGCUCUUCGCUUGUGCGCUGAUGGCAAUUGCGCGGUGUCUUACCGAACCACGCCAUGAACUCGAACAGCAACUUAGCAUCUUCGUGCGAGAUGAAAUGACAUUCUGGUCCACAGCACAGCAUCGUGGGGCUUUGCCAGUCCCUCAGCUUCGCGACUUGGUAUACAACAACAGUGAUGUCAUUGUCAACCGGGCUGUCAGUCUUGCCAGCCCCCCUGAGGGCAAUCUGCCCGCGAACCAAACGACAAUCGACCUCAUCUCCAAGGCUGUGAACCCUCAGCACCUAGCAUCCUGCGACGCUCUGUGGAUGGCGUACCUCUAG